AUGGGACGAGCAAGAAUACACAAGUUGUUUGUCUUAGUAUUGUGCUGUUUAAGCAACACUGACUGUUUGCCUGAUUUGGAAUAUAUCUAUAACCAGUAUGCUGCGACAUGUGGCUUUCAGUUUUGUAAUGGAACCAGUUUAUCGCUGCCAUAUUAUGAUAGAGAUUUAACAGACAUGUAUUCGGUAUGUCCAACAUGUAGUUGCGAUAGAUGUCGUCUUAACGAAAAUUGCUGCCCAGACUUAGCAUUACCUAAAUAUAAGGAAAUUUGUAAAAAUGAUGUUAUAUAUCACCCGAAAAAUCUGCUCUCAAAAUAUUAUUAUUCAAUGAUCGAAACAUGUCCCAAUGGCACCGAUAAGAAACUGAUUCAACUGUGCGAAGCUGACACAAAACUUGCUUCUGAUCUUUCAUUGGUUCCGGUAAUAAGUGUAACAAAUACAACCUAUAGGAAUAUUCAUUGUGCUUUGUGUCAUAAUGAAACAAACACCGAGUCAUGGACAGUAGAUAUCAAUUGUAUAGAAUUUGCAGAUUUUAAUUUCUUAUCAAGUUUCGAGGAAAUAACAGAUAUGGUUAUAGAAAAGAAAUGUACCGUUCGUUAUGUCCAAAAAAACGUUCAUUACAAGGCUCAGGAAUGCCAACCAAUAAGCGAAGAGCUGAUUGGUAGAUGUAAUAUAACUGGUACCUGGCAAAACUAUGAUUAUGAUAUUGAUUGGGCUUGCAAUUCAUUUCAACUUCCGUUCGAUAUUUAUAAAAGCGUGUUUUGCCUUAUUUGUAAUCCUCCGCGGAAAUCUAAUUCCACCGUCAUUUCAUCUUGCAUUGAGAGUGACGAGAGACUAUUUAAAUCUAAAGCCCUGGACGAAGCAUGCAUGGUUUAUAAUACAACUGGCGUGACAAUCCCAUUUAAAAAUGCUUUUUGUUACUUGUGUAAUAGACAAAAUGAUUUGUAUCAAUAUGCUGAUAUCAAAGGAGAUGUAUCAUUUAUGUUUGAUAAAAAUAAUGAACAAAUAAUAUACAAAAUAGUUAAUGCAGAUUUCAAUCCUGAUUUCUUAGGAAAUUAUCUAACACGUUACAUCAAUAGAUCUGGUAUCCAUUUGAAUGCCGGGGAAAAACUAGCUUCUUCACUUCUGUAUUACGACAAUGACCGGCAAGUCAAUAUGUCUAGUUUGAUGUCCCUUUAUUCCCAAUCAUAUGGCCCCGAACUUUGCGGAAUCUACAAUUUCAAUCGAGAACACUUAAUCGGUAACCGGUCAUUGCAGUGCUCGUGUUUUGCCAACUGUUCAUUGAAUAGAGAUUGUUGUAUAGAUUAUGAACUUGAGCAGCACUUGGAGUGUUCCGGAGGAAAUGUUAUUUCAAGUAUGUGUCGUUAUGCUGACCAAGGAAUGAAUGCGUACUGCUAUGAGCGCGGCGAGUUGAUGUAUGAUCUCCCAGUGAGCAAAAGUGGCUCGAAAAGUCAUUUCGGAAAUAUAUUUUGUGCAAUGUGUGCAGACGAUUCGCUUAACAUGCAACCUUUCAAUGUUAUGACAGUUGCACGAUUUUUUCAACCAUGGGAUAUAGAAAUUAAUUGUUUAGCCACGAAUUCAUUGCCGACUUAUUUUCAAUUCUUCGUAACUUCAAUCUUAGAAGUUGCUCACCAGAGAAACUGUGGUGUUAGAUAUAACCCAAAUCAAAGAAAUCGAGUGUUUUGUGAUGACACAGAAAAGACAAUAAAAUCUUGCAAUAUUUCAGGUACAUGGCCUCGGUUUGAUGAAGAUGUCGCCUGGGCGUGUGAGAAACUGAAUACUACGUAUCUCAAAAGUUAUAGAGGUUAUAAGAAUAUAUUCUGUACACUUUGUAAUCCUGAUUUAGGAUUCCAAACAUCCACUUCAACUACACCAACUGAAGCAACAACCCCUUCUCAUCGUGAAAAUAUAGCCUGUACAUCAUGUUCUUACGCGGGAGGAGUUGCAACUACAUUCAGGACUUUGUUUCUUAUACCCACAGAUACGGAGGUGACAAUUACCGAGUGUAAAUAUGGCCAAGUAUUAGAUAAACUUAAUAACAAAUGUAGAAACGUAACUUGUUCACCGGGAUAUGUCCUUGGCAAUGCUUCUUGUACCCCAUUGCUGCUGAUAACUAAUCAACUGGGCUAUAUAUUACCUAUGAGAAUAGAAUGCAUUACAAAUCUUGUGGCACAUAAUAAAAUUUUAGAAGACAUUGAAAAGGAAAUAGAAGAAUUCAUUAAGAAUUACCUAACUGUUGAGAAGGAUUUAGAUGUGGUUUCGUCGAACAUGGUUACAAACAUUUCUUGUGACACCAACGAAACAGCAGGAGUAGAAAUAUUGGCAAAUGUAGAAUUCUUCAUCGAAGAAAGUGUAUUUAGAAAAGACAUUGAAACCAAGCUUAUUCAUCUAAGUGAAGAAAUGGUUAACAUCUCUAAGGAUGAUUUUCAUAUCAGUCUCAAUGUGAGUUUAGAUCAGAGGGCAAGGAAUACAAAGGCAAUGAUAAACAACGCUGCACAGUUUACUGGGAUGUGUUAUUUAUCAAAACCUGAUUUAAAACAAAGACGGUCACACAAAUUUUUUACUUUUAGUCACGUGUCUAAGCUCCUUUUAUGUCAACAAGUAGACCUGAAAAAAGAAGAAAUAAUUAUAGAUUCAACAGCGUCUUCAUUCAUCAUGUUAAAGUCGACUAAUAUAAAAAUACAGCAAGGGAUGUUCAAACUCACAGCAAGUGGGGGAGCAAGAAUAUGCGUAGAUACAAUGAAAUUGCUUAGAAAACCAGAAGUAGGCAUUAAUUACAUAGUCAAUACUGUAACGGCCAUUGCCUCUGUCAUAUCCAUGAUAUGUCUCUUUUUGACCUUUGUCACUUAUUGUAUAUUUCCUAAUUUAAGAUCCAUUCCAGGUAAAAAUAACAUGUCACUCGUUUUUUCAUUUUUCUUUUUACAAGCAGUUUUUACUUUCGGAGCUAGAAAAACUGACCAUGAUGUUUUCUGUAAAGUUUUUGGUAUAAUUCUUCAUUUCUUCCUUUUAAGUUCUUUCGCCUGUUUAAGCGUUUGUACCUUUCAUAUGUUCAGGGCAUUCAGUACUAUUAACACAACACAUGACGCACACCACGAGAAACGAACUAUGCUGCUGUAUAUUUUAUAUUCCUAUUGUACACCAGUUUUUAUCAUAGUCAUAAAUAUAACCGUUACAUUAUCACAGUAUAACGACACAGGAUAUGGAAAAAGGGAGACAAUCUGUUUCCUCAAAAAUGCAAAUUCAGUAAUAGUGUGUCUGAUAGUUCCUGUGGCAGUAAUUUGUGGUUGCAACAUAAUAUUUUUUCUCAUGACAAUGCGCAAAAUAAGCAUGACACCAAAAAUGGAAAGAUCAAGCACCAACAAAGCUACCCGUCACAACAGCGUCAUUUACAUCAAGCUAUUUAGUUUGACAGGUAUAACCUGGGUUCUGCAGAUCAUUGAUGGUUUCCUGCCAAUGACGCACCUAUCUAUAAUUAUAUCUUUAUUCAAUGCUCUACAAGGUGUGUACAUAUUUCUAUCAUAUAUAUGUAACUCCCGUGUAGCGAACAUGUACAGGAAUCUCUUUAUGAGGUACACAGAAGAUCAUGAUUCAAAUGCUACAAAGAAUACUAACAUUUCAACUUUUGCAACAGAAAAACAUUUGAAAUAUCUACCUAAUUCUGGUUCUGCCUCAGAAAAUACAGUGCUGUGA